GGUUACGUUCGCGCAUGCGCAUUUGCGUCUGAAUAAUUUGUUGAUGUCCUGUUUACGAGGAUUGAUUUAGUUCUUGCUUUUCCACUCAGUCUGAUCCACAGGUUGAAUUCCAGUAGGAAGCCGAGCGGAGCUCCAGGUUUCCUGCAUGAGGGGCUGAUGGAAGACGCCCGGGAUCUGGCUGAGCGCGCUGCACGUUCAGAGAGGAAGCGAAGGGACUCGUUCGGGAUGUUCGAUGGCUACGACAGCUGCAGCGAGGAGUCCACCAGCAGCUCCAGCUCAGAGGACAGUGAGGAUGACGUGGUUCCCUCCAUCCCAGCCAGCCUGCCCAUCAUCAAGAACAACGGACAGGUCUACACCUACCCUGAUGGCAAAGCUGGGAUGGCUACUUGUGAGAUGUGUGGGAUGAUUGGCGUUCGAGAUGCGUUUUAUUCCAAAACCAAACGCUUCUGCAGCGUUUCCUGUUCCAGGAGCUAUUCGUCCAACUCAAAGAAAGCCAGCAUCCUGGCUCGGCUGCAGGGCAAGCCACCAACAAAGAAAGCUAAAGUCCUGCAGAAACAGCCUCUCAUGGCAAAGCUGGCAGCUUAUGCUCAGUACCAAGCCAGUCAACAGAACCAAGCAAAGGCCAAGUCUGUGGUGCCGGCAGAGAGCUUCGACUGGGGGCGCUACAUCUGCAGCAGUAACACGGUGGGAGCUCCUGUCAGCUGCUUCAAACACGCCCCCAUGGGGACGUGCUGGGGAGACAUAGAGGAAGGAGUUCGGAUCGAAGUUCCAAACUCUGACACCAACCUCUCCACCAAGGUCUACUGGAUAGCAGAGAUCAUAAAGCUGGCAGGAUUUAAGGCCCUGCUCAGGUAUGAGGGCUUCGACAACGACACCAGUAAGGACUUCUGGUGUAAUCUCUGCGUCCCUGAGGUGCACCCAGUGGGUUGGUGCGCUUCCAGCAGCAAACCGCUUGUACCUCCUAGAAGCAUUCAGCACAAGUACUCUAACUGGAAAGCCUUUCUUGUGAAACGUCUCACUGGAUCCAAAACGCUGCCGACGGACUUUAGUGCCAAGGUUCGAGAAAACAUGCAGUUCCCGUUUAAGAAGCUAAUGCGGGUGGAGGUGGUGGAUAAGAAUUACCUGUGCCGGACACGGGUGGCUCUGGUGGAGCAGGUGAUUGGAGGGCGCCUCAGGCUGGUCUAUGAGGACGAUGGCCUGGAUGACUUCUGGUGCCACAUGUACAGCCCCCUGAUCCACAACAUCGGCUGGUCUCGGAGCAUCGGCCACCGCUUCAAACGAUCUGAUGUCGCCAAGAAAGCUGAAGGUCAGGUCGACGCCCCUGCACAGCUCUUUCAGAAGGUGAAAGAUGUGGACCAGAGUGACGAUUGGUUCAAAGACGGGAUGAAGCUGGAAGCCAUCGACCCCCUCAACCUCUCAGCCAUCUGUGUCGCCACAGUAAAAAAGGUGUUGGCAGACGGUUACCUCAUGAUUGGAAUCGAUGGCUCGGAGGCCGUGGACGGCUCCGACUGGUUCUGCUACCACGGCAUGUCCCCCUCCAUCUUCCCCGUUGGCUUUUGUGAGAUCAACAGCAUUGAGCUCACGCCUCCUAAAGGCUUCACUAAGCUGCCAUUUAAAUGGUUUGACUACCUCAGAGAAACGGGCUCAGUGGCUGCUCCUGUCAGACUCUUUAACAAGGAAGUUCCCAAUCAUGGUUUCCGGAUAGGCAUGAAGCUGGAGGCCGUGGAUUUGAUGGAGCCACGGCUGGUGUGUGUUGCCACGGUGACCAGGAUCGUGCACCGGCUACUGAGGAUCCACUUUGACGGCUGGGAGGAUGAGUAUGACCAGUGGGUGGACUGCGAGUCUCCGGACCUGUACCCGGUGGGCUGGUGUCAGCUGACGGGCUACCAGCUGCAGCCGCCGGCCUCUCAGGGUCACAGAGACGCGCCGCUGUCCGUCCCCAAGCAGAAGAAGAAGACUGCUCAGUACAAAGGACAGAAGAAAAAGAGGAGGAUCCUGAUUGGUGGACGGUCAGGCAGGAGGAGGAGGAGGAGCUUCUCAGGAGAUGAAGAGCAGAGUCCACCCAGUUACCAUGUCCAGGGGCCCGCGGGGCCCCGGGCCGGCCUCCACCAACCAGAGUCUCUGCUGAGGACCAAGGAGGACUUGAUGGCCGACGUGGACGAGCUGACUUUCGCCCACGGAACCUCCGACCAGGAGAGCAACGGGUCGGGCAGCUACUACAUCAAGCAGGAGCCGUGAGGCGACCCGGUCCAGGAGGAGGUCCGACCAUCUGCCACCACACUGAGAAGCAUUUAAUGAGCCAGUUCUGCUCCGGCCCGGUUUGGGCCUCAGAGCCUGAGGAGAACCUUCUGCUUCUCUGCUCCAGAACCUUCUGGGCGGACCGUGGACCUUUGGUUUGUUUAUAGUACUUGAAGCUUGGAUUGGACUUUCUGCUGUUUUUGUCUUUGUUGCAUUAAUGUUGGGAUCCAGAACUCGGUGGUUCUGGUCCCAGUCCCAGGUGUACAUAGGACCGGUUCCGAGAGCUCAGCUUCACCCCUUGUUUUCAGGUCCGGUUCCCUCAGCAUUAAUACAGAACUUGCUCUGACACAAAUUCAGGCCCAGCUGCUUUCCCUCCAGAACUCCUUCUUGUUUCCAUGACGACCGGCGCCGGUUCAGGGAAACGCAUCAUUUUGAUCGCGAAAGGUUCUGAAUCAGCUGCUGGGAUCAGACACCUGGAAACCGGGCCGCUUCUCCGGAUCAGGACCAUUUCUGCUGCUUUAGGCAGCAUUCAGCAUAGAUCUAUAAUAACCAGAUGUUUACGCUGUUUCUCUACUACCUCGUGAUGCCAGCAGCUCAUGGAUCAACCAAUCAUCUGUCGCCUUUUAUGCAACGAUUCCUGAUCCUGACUGACCAGAACCAAACAUGGACCCGUUUCAGAGUUAUGCAAUAACAGAGCAAAUCUAUUUAGAAAUAUCCUUUAUCCCUGCAUUGUAGAACUCUAACCAAUAGAUCUAGCUGUGAUUGUUCUGUUCGAGUCCGGAACCGGCGCCACUCUUUCCUGCUGAGAAAUCGAAGAUGUUUAUAUUUGUGACAUUUUUUGGUGAGAAAAUAUAUUUCAGAUUCUGAUUUGUCGGAUCUAGUUUUUUAUUUGGACCAAGUUUCUGAUUCAGAGGAAGAACCUUUCCAGCAGCUUCAGCUUCUGAUAAAUGUUUUCUAUAGUCCUUCCAACAACCUUCAGAACAUCGACUGUUAAUCCAAAGGAAGAUUCCUCAGUCCAGAACCAGAUGCAAUGAUACUUUUUAGCAAUAAUUUAAAGAGGUUGAAACAAAUAAAAUGAAUUAGUGGUCAAAAAAAAAAAUCUGUAAAGGACAAAAAAUUGAGUUUAUGUUGAUUAACUUCCUUCCUCAGGUCUACUUUGAAUUUUUGUGUUUUUCAUGGUUCCUGCUUCUUCUG